AAAAACAAAAUUCGAAAGAGAAGCAUGUUUAUCAUAAGCUGUCCAAGCGGAGCUUUGUCUGCUAAAAAAUGUUCACUCAAAUUCGCAGUUCCGAUUCAAACUUCCACUUCCAAUUCCUCCAUCCAUCGAAGGCCCAGAUUCGUCCCCUCAAGAAACUCUCGAAAACCGCUUCAUAUCACUCUCGCCAAGGCUGAGGGAGGCCUUGACUCUGCCCCCAAACAAUCUUCCCCUCCUUUCAGCAACGACGACACCGUUUUCGUGGGUCAAGAAGAUGUCCCCUUGGAAGGGGUUAUCCAGUUUGAAAAACCCAAUUCCUCUUCUCGCGUUUCCGAAUGGGGUCGAGUGGCUUUGCUUUCUGGCGGGGAUGUCUUAGCUUUGCUCUUGUUUUCUGCAAUUGGACGAUACAGUCAUGGCCUCCCCAUUUUUGCAAUGGAUACUCUACGUACAACUGACCCUUUCUUGGCUGGAUGGUUUUUGAGUGCAUACUUCCUUGGGGGCUAUAGUGAGGAUGGACGAGGAGCCAAUGGUCUAUCCAAAGCCUUUUUCGCUGCUGCCAAAUCUUGGGGUUUGGGAAUUCCUUUGGGAUUGAUUAUAAGAGCUGCUACAUCAGGCCAUGUUCCGCCAUAUACCUUUGUUUUAGUAACAAUGGGAACAACUUCUGUUUUACUUAUUGGAUGGAGAGCACUAUUAAUAAGCAUUUUCCCUGAUGAAACAAAAAAGAAGAAUGAUGUAUACCGGCGGGGCAGCCCAUUUGAACUAUUUGAGUUGCUCACAUCAUUGGUACGAAGAUGGUAAUAUACAUCUUCCAUGAGGUCGAUCCCGUAAGUCAUCAAUUUUUAAAAUUUUCAUUUAUACCUGUACGAAUUCGAUGUAGUUCCAAACUUCAGUGUUGUAGCAUGUUGAUACAAUUCGUGAAUAUUAUCUUUGUGUGGUAAUUA